UCCAAGAGCUGGCUGGCACCUCGGAGCCUGUGUCGUGUCAAACAUUAACCGGGAGCGGUUUCUCUUUGUCUGUUCGUAUGCAUUUAACCCUGAAUGGAGAGGAGGGGGGUCGCUGCUCUAAAUCAAUGCGUGUGCAGUUUUUUGUUCUGGGAGAAACAUUUACAAAGUCUCUUCUGUACUGCAUGGUGGUUGUUUUAUUUUGUUGAGGAAGUUCGUGGUGGCGGUGAUAAGAAGUUUUAACUAAUCCCUGUCUUUCAGACGUGUGUCUGUUUGACUGUUUCGUCGCUUCGCUGUGGGAGGAGGGAGGGAAUGUCACACACACACAGGAAGAUCGAAAACUAAUUUGGGGAUUGAUGAUCAGAUGACAUCGCCUUCUAGUGUUUUAACAAUAAUAUAUGAGAAAACAUAUUUGUAAAGGAAGACGCGUUGAGGACGUUUUGCGCAGAUCUUUAUCAGGUCAAGGACACAGCUUUCUCUUUUCCAGUCCCUCGCAAUGUAAAUGGAAAUCAGAUCUGGAAGUGGACGGCUCGGUGAUUCGGGGAGCGGGUUAUGGAGUUAAGUAGACUUCUGUUGCUGGCAGCGAUUCUGUUCCAAGUGCGAGAGAUGCAGACGAGCCCCAUUAACUUUGUGUGUAAACCUCGUGCCAUGGAGGAGCAAAUUGAAAUGACAAAAGGCUUCCAGGAUGCUUUGAACCAGUGCGGAAUUCCCUCCCUGCUCCCGCAGAAAGUCACGUUGCCAAACGUGGGCUUCCAGAUGACGCAGUGGGAACAGAAAUCCAGUGAAGUACAGAGGAAUGAGAUAAUCUCUGCACUGACCAUGCUCUCGGAGGCAGUGCAGGCAGUGAGGAGCACACCUCAGUCCCACUGCGUUCACGCCCUGCUAGAGAGAGUUGUCCAGAACAUCAAGAACAUGGUCCUGAUCCUGCACAGCCUGCCCCUGCCGGCAGCUGGAACCAGUGAAGAAACAGCACAGCUCCCUAAGAGCUCACUGACCAGCAGCCUGCACUGUGUACUGAGACGCUACACCUCCCUGACCAGGGGCAAGCUGCAGAGCUUCACUAAAGAGACAGCCCCUGAGAUCUGCAAGGGGCGGAGGAGGUGACUCCCGGCCUGCCCCAGCGCUGGGGUGCAAUCCCGUAUUCCUGUGAUUCCACAGACACUGCGAUGUUUCAUUGCCAAGGAGAGAAAGCCUGCUGCCAACUCCUUUCAUGAAGCAACAAUGGCCAAGCCUACAGCAUCAACAAUGCUAAAUUGUGAGCUUAUUGAUGGAAUGCAUGAAAGUAUACACAAUCAGAUGCAAACAAACAUGUUGAGGCUUAUUGAGGUUCCUCCAGGACCAAGCGGAAGGGUGCCAGCAGGCAUGGGGUGUCAGAUUGCAAUUGGGUGUAAGUAGCAAGGGCCAGGAACGCCUGGCAGGGCAGGAGUGUGCAAGUUUGCAGUGUUGAAAGAGUGAAGCAUACAUGUGUAACCUUCCCCCCUCUGAAAACCUGCUCAGGGUUGUCUGUUCUGAGCUCACGGCUGGUUCCAUGUAUUUAUAUGCUGCUGUUGAAAGACCACUCCAAAGAGGUGCUGUGUAUCCCGGUGUUAAUGCUGCAUUCUGCUGAUCUUAACCCUUUCCCAACUAUGGGCAGAUAUUGCCCAUAUUAAUCAGUUAAUCCAAGUACGUCUAAAGGUGUCUGCUGAGUUUGUAUCACCCUGUGUAGGAGCAGCACCAGGCUCUCUGUAUUUUAUCACAUUCUUUUGCUGAAGAAUGACAUACUGCCGUGUCUCUUUCUGUCUAUGUAAAUAGGGGGGAUUUUCAAAACUCUUUACUGCAAAGUGUAAAUUACUAUUUUUAUUUCACAAAAUGAAACAUAAGCAUGCUUUGACCCAGAAUACACUGGCGGGGUGAAAUAGUCCAGGAAGUGUGAGUGAGAGAAUUUCAUUAAAGUUAGUACAACAUCCAUUGUGAACUCAUCAUGCUCUGCACCAUCCACACUUCGUUUUGCCUUAUUAAAUAUAAGAUCUUUGGCUAACAAGGCUGUUUUAAUGAAUGACUUUAUCCUUGAAACAAACUUAGAUAUUUUAACUUUAGUUGAGACAUGGUUGAAGCAAGAUGAAAAUGUACCUCUGGUAGAGGCCUGUUCCACAGGUUUCUCCUUCAGUCAGAAGAUGCCACCAAUGGGAAGAGGCGGUGGUAUUGCAACCAUUUUUGGUAAUAAUUUUAAUGUUAAUUGUGAAAAAACAGAUGGCUAUACAUCAUUUGAAAUACUAUCUUUUAAGGUUCAUGGUCAAACUUCUGGUCUCUGUUAUAUAUCGUGCUCCUAGACCUAACGCUCUGUUUCUGUCUGAGUUUAGUGAGUUUUUAUCAGCAAUUGCUGUCAAGCAUGAUAGGAUUCUACUUCUAGGUGAUUUUAAUGUACAUGUUGAUGUUGAUAGAGGUCCCCUUGGUAGAGAUUUGUUGGCAUUACUAGAGUCAUUUGGUUUUACUCAACAUGUUAAAAGUCCUACUCAUAUUCAUGGCCAUACUCUAGACCUGGUUAUUUCUCGUGGUCUGCAUAUUCAGAACAUGUCCAUUACUGAUAUAACAGUUUCUGACCACUCUGCUUUUAUUUGUGAAAUUGUAUUACCUGGCUCUAUAGUUAAGCCUGUAGGUUAUGUUAAAACUAGAUCUCUAAAUUCAUUAUCAUCUGAUUAGUUCCUGGAAGCUUUGUCUGUUUCAGCUUUUAUUCAGUCAGGAGUGGUCGGAGAUUUGGUGGAUAAAUAUAACACCACUCUGGCAAAUAGUCUUGAUACUAUUGCACCUUAUAAAAUAAAGAAACAAAAAUAUGUUCUCCUUAGUUUAAUGAUACAACACGUAUGCAUAAACGUAUGUGUCGCAAAUUAGAACGCAGAUGGAGAUCGACUGGACUUCAGAUAUAUUAUCAAAGCUGGAAAGAUAGUAUCUUAACAUAUAGAAUGUCACUGUCUUUAGCUCGAUCUGUUUAUUUCUCCGAUCUUAUUGACAAAAAUAGGAACAAUACAAGAUUUAUUUUUCAGUCAAUAGCAAGAUUAACAAAUCCGCAAUCAGAGUGCGUUACACAGAAUAUUCCUCCAGUAAGCUGUGACGAGUUUGUGAAUCACUUCAAUAAAAAAGUGACGACAUUAGGAAUCAGCUGAGCAACUACAUACCUCAUCGAGAUAAGUUGACUGACAUAAACAAUGAUACAAAUAUUCUUGGUCCGUCUGAACCCAACCAAAUCUUACAGCACUUUUGCUUGACAUGUGAACAAGAGCUGGAUGCCAUAAUUAAAAAGAUUAAACCCACAACAUGUGCAUUAGAUCCCAUUCCUACUACACUUUUGAGAAAAGUAUAUCCAAAAAUAAAUAACACAGUUUUAAAUAUUAUUAACAGCUCACUCUCAUCAAGUACUGUUCCAAAUUCUUUGAAGACUGCGUAGUAAAACCCCUGCUCAAGAAGCCUACCCUUGAUCCCAAUGUGCUUAAUAAUUACAGGCCUAUUUCUAAUCUCCCUUUUUUUGUCCAAAGUGUUAGAAGAGUAGUGGCUGAACAAUUAAAUAGAUUUCUUGCUGCACAGAAUAUUUCUGAGAAAUUUCAGUCAGGUUUCAGGCCUUAUCAUAGCACCGAGACGGCACUAAUUCGAGUGGUAAAUGAUAUGUUGAUGACUUCUGACAUGGGCUCGCCUUCAGUACUUGUUCUACUGGAUCUAAGUGCUGCUUUCAACACCAUUGAUCAUUCUGUCUUAAUUAAUCGCCUUGAACAUUUAGUGGGAUUGUCAGGUACUGUCUUGUCCUGGUUCAGAUCCUAUCUCUCUAAUAGGUUUCAGUUUGUUAAAGUUGAGGAGGCGACCUAUUUUAUGUCAAAGGUUACGUGUGGGGUUCCUCAGGGUUCAAUUCUUGGCCCAAUUCUGUUCUCUCUAUAUAUGUUACCUUUGGGAAAUAUCAUUCGUAGACACAGAGUUCAUUUUCAUUGCUAUGCUGAUGACACUCAGCUUUGCCUGUCUCUCA